GUUUUCGUGCCAGACAGCGAGCGGCAGGAUACUCUCCCCUCAGUCUCGAGGAACUUUCUGAGCUUAAUUGCCUCGUUUACGCGCUCAUUCCGUAUUUUCCAAAAGUUCUGAUCUCAGUGAGACGGACCCAUCAGCUGGCGCAGAGCAGCUCACGCAGUUGACUCGGAAGUUUCACCCUUUACUGAGCUAUGAAUCCGGCAAGCAGAAUUUUGGGCUCCGGCCUCGCUCGAAGGUGCGCAUCUCAACUGAGCUCCGCGCAAGUCUUCGCGAGGGAGGAUAAGUUCGGUGCGCACAAUUAUCACCCCCUGCCUGUCGCAAUCGAUAAAGCUAAAGGUGUAUUCGUUUGGGACGUCGAAGGGCGAAGAUACUUCGACUUUCUCUCGGCGUACUCAGCCGUAAAUCAGGGCCACUGUCAUCCCAAAAUAGUUAAAACGCUCCAAAUGCAAGCGGAGAAGCUCACGCUGACCUCACGCGCGUUCUACAAUUCGGUUCUCGGGGAAUACGAAGAGUACAUCACCAAGCUCUUCGGGUACGAUAAGGUCCUCCCCAUGAACACUGGUGUGGAAGCAGACGAGACGGCCUGUAAACUCGCGAGGAGAUGGGGGUACGACGUCAAGGGAAUAGCUGAGAAUCAAGCAAAGAUCGUUUUUUGUGAGGAUAAUUUCUGGGGACGGACCCUUGCCGCUAUUUCUUCAUCCACUGACCCCACAUCAUACAAAGGCUUCGGGCCCUUCAUGCCUGGUUUCGAGCUGGUGCCUUACAACGAUCUCAAAGCGUUGGAGGAGAAACUCAAGGAUCCCACGGUUUGCGGCUUCAUGGUGGAGCCUAUCCAGGGCGAAGCUGGCGUCGUCGUUCCGGAAGAUGGAUACCUGAGAGGAGUAAGAGAACUCUGUACUCGCUACAAUGUUCUUUUUAUCGCCGACGAAAUCCAGACUGGAUUGGGACGUUGCGGGAAACUUCUCUGCGUCGACCAUGAGAAUGUGAAACCGGACAUUCUGACGCUGGGUAAAGCACUCUCGGGCGGUGUGUAUCCUGUAUCAGCUGCGCUUUGUAACGACGAUGUCAUGCUCGUGAUAAAACCGGGUGAGCACGGCUCCACAUACGGAGGGAACCCUCUCGCCGCGAAAGUGGGAGUAGCCGCCCUGGAAGUUCUCGUCGAAGAGAAGCUCUCAGAAAACGCCGACAAGAUGGGAAAACUCUUACGAAGCGAGCUCAACGAGCUACCCAAAGAAGUCGUGAGAACUGUCCGAGGCAAAGGACUCCUCAACGCCAUUGUGAUAGAUCCAAAAUACGAUGCGUGGGAGCUGUGCCUUCGACUGAAGGAGAACGGACUGUUGGCGAAACCAACUCACGACGAUAAGAUACGAUUCGCACCCCCUCUGACCAUAACGAAGGACCAGCUCAUGGAAUGCGUCGCAAUAAUCAAGAAAACUGUCAACUCCUUCAGAUGAAUGCCGCCAACAAUACGGGAUCCCUCGGCGCCUGUUUCCUCCCGCCGAGGGCGAUCCGCUAAACACUGAAUGCGUGUAGCGAAGCGUCCCAACCAUCUCGGAUCCAGGCGGGCCCUCUGUGUUCCCGAAGAAAAGGGAAAUCAAGCGCUCUCACCCUCGUCUGAUUCGGGGGAGCUCUCCGAAUGUCUAAUAAAUCAUGGAGGUCUCGGACCUCUUUGAAAUAAUUCGGAGA